ACACCAAAACGACACUAGUCCCGUCGUUUUUCCGUGUUGUUCCGCGCCUCACCCACCACCCACCCGUUCACCUGAGCCGCGACGAGUACGAAGAUAGAGGCGAAUCUGUAAGGAGGAGGGAUUAGGGUUUUAUACGAUCUCAGAAGAAUGGCACAAGACUCUGAGAAGAGAUUCCACCAGAUCAUGGACAAGCUCUUCACCCCAUCCAAAUCUCCGCUUCCUUCCUCCUCCUCCUCCUCCACUAGCUCACUUGUAGAGCAACAAUCAAGAGGCAAGAAGCGUCCAAAUCCUUCAUCUGCGUUAGCACUUGUUGAGCCAAAGACUAUAUUAGCCACCGUUGAUAGGUCUUUGAAAGCUCCGGCAUCGCAGUCUGGUCUUUGCAGGCCGUGGGAUAGAGGAGACCUUAUGAGGAGGCUUGCUUCUUUCAAGUCCAUGACUUGGUUUGCCAAACCCCAGGUUAUUAGCGCUUUGAAUUGUGCGAGGAGAGGGUGGGUGAAUGAUGACACUGAUACUAUCUCUUGUGAAUCUUGUGGAGCUCAUCUUUACUUUUCAGCCCCGGCUUCUUGGUCUAAGCAACAAGUGGAGAAAGCUGCUUUGGUCUUCAGCUUAAAGUUGGAUAAUGGGCACAAACUGCUUUGUCCAUGGAUAGAGAAUUCAUGCGAAGAAACGCUUUCUGAGUUUCCUUCAAUGACACCGCAGGAUUUAGUAGAAAGGCAUGAAGAACGUUCUGAAGCUUUGCUUCAGCUUUUAGCCCUGCCUGUUAUUUCACCAUCAGCCAUUGACUACAUGAAGAGCUCUGACCUGGAGGGAUUUCUCAAACGACCUAUUGCACCUGCAUCUGGCGACACAACAGCCCAAUGUUCUCAAACAGAAUCCCUUAUCAAUCAUGUUGGAGCGACUCCAGCUCAACUUUUCUACCAGGCACAAAAGAUUAUCAGUUUAUGUGGAUGGGAACCGAGGGCACUUCCCUAUAUUGUGGACUGCAAAGAUAGAUCCGGAGAGGCUGCUAAGGGUACAGAUACCAUUGAUUUGCUUCCAGAAACUGCUACCCGCGAGCUCCUAAGUUCCUCCAAUUCAACUUCGAAUCCAAAUGGAGUAUCAGAGAAUAGUGAAAACCCAGUGGUUCCUAACACACUAAACUCUGAUCCCAGUUCUGUUGUACUGGACUGUAAGCUCUGUGGAGCCUGUGUUGGGCUCUGGGUUUUCUCAACUGUUCCGAGACCACUGGAAUUGUGUAGAGUCACUGGUGAUACAGAAGUUAACACAGAGAAAAACUCCAGGGAUGGUACUCUUCAAAGACAAACUUCAAGCUUACAGUUUACCAUAGCAGGGGGACCCCCAGCAACAAAGCAAAACUUCAAAGCAACCAUAUCGCUGCCUAUUGUCGGCAGGAACUUGAGGUCGAGGUUUGCUUCUUACUCUAGAGAUCGUGAUCUCGGGACUGACAAUUCUAUUCAGGAUGAGCAGUGUAAAACACCAGAGAGAAAUGGUGGUGGUGCAGAGAAUAGCGAUCAAGACAUGAUUGAUGUAGGAGAGAAGGCUGAUGCCAGAAACGCAUCUGAUUUAGAGAGUAUUACUACACCACAGACCAAGGACAAACAACUGAUGGUAGUAACUUCAAAUCUUCCUGAAAACAACAAACAAAAGGAUUCAACUGGAGAUAUAGGUAAAUCAAACAAACAGAUGGAGUUUGAUCCAAUCAAGCAGCAUAGGCAUUUCUGUCCCUGGAUCUGGUCAACUGGUAGAAGAGGCCCUGGAUGGAGACAGACUCUGUCCGCAUUACAACGCCAGAAGGGAUCUUGUCAGACUCCACCGUCACCCUCUUCCAUUUUCAAGGUAGAUGAUCCGUUAACAUCUGUUCGGAACCUAUUUAAGUCGCCGUCCCCGAAAAAAGCAAGACUGAACAGAGGAUCUUCAAGCUGAGACACAGAGGAGUGUUCCUAAAAAAAAUUUGAGCACUCUUGGUCUACACUGCAUCCAGAAAUUUAGAACUUUAAAAACUGCAACAUUCAUGUGUUCUGAGUUUUCUGUUGAUUCGUCAAAAAAAAGUAGUAUCUGUCGUUUAACCCAUUUGAAAUUGCUAGCUUGAAACCAUAUACACAUGAGUUUGUGUCGGAUUAUUUUCUCAAAAUAGACGUUAUAGCCAAUAGACGUAACUAAACUUCAUCGUAUCA